CCGCUCCGUUUUGUUUCGGAGGACUGCCUUGCUUCCCAAGCAGCCCGCCCCAUAAAAAAUCGGACGAACAAGGAGGAGGCAACUGAGCUCCUUCUUGUCGGCCUUCUUCUUCGAUAGACCGCGUCUGGAUCCCAAAUCGAGGGCGACAGUGAUCCCGGAGCGAGAUCACGAUCAACAGAAUGGCUAGGCUUGCUGCAGAUGCUCCAACAAAAGGUGGCUUCAGCUUUGAUUUGUGUCAAAGAAAUGAAAUGCUGUUGAAAAAAGGCAUGCAUCUCCCAACUUUCAGAAAGACUGGAACAACCAUUGUUGGCUUAGUCUUUCAGGAUGGUGUUAUUCUUGGAGCGGAUACGAGAGCAACUGAAGGGCCUAUAGUCGCUGAUAAGAAUUGUGAAAAAAUUCAUUACAUGGCUCCAAAUAUUUAUUGUUGUGGAGCUGGAACUGCUGCUGAUACAGAGGCAGUAACAGAUAUGGUUAGCUCCCAGCUGCAGCUUCAUCGUUAUGCAACUGGUCGAGAAUCGAGGGUUGUUACUGCCCUUACACUUUUGAAAUCACAUCUGUUCAGUUACCAAGGUCAUGUUAGUGCUGCAUUAGUUCUUGGAGGAGUUGAUAUUACAGGACCACAUCUGCACACAGUAUACCCUCAUGGUUCAACUGACACUCUUCCUUUUGCUACAAUGGGUUCUGGUUCUCUUGCUGCAAUGGCUGUCUUUGAGUCAAAAUUCAGAGAGGGUCUAACUAAAGAGGAAGGUAUAAAACUUGUAAGCGAGGCCAUAUGCUCUGGGAUAUUCAAUGAUUUGGGAAGUGGAAGCAACGUUGAUGUUUGUGUAAUAACCAAAGGCCAUACCGAGUACUUGAGGAAUCACCAGCUGCCAAACCCUAGGACAUAUGUCAGCUCAAGAGGCUAUAACUUUGUCAAGGGUCAUACUGAGGUACUGUCUACUAAGAUCACCCCAUUGAAGUCGAAGGUGGAAGUAGCCGAAGUCGAUGCCAUGGAGGAGUGAUUCCGCCGGUUCACUCUUCAGCCUGACUAUAUCUCCCUGCAUAAAAUAUUUCCUGGUUACAUUCAUCAACGAGAGAACCCAGUAAAUUUUACAUUUGUAUUCGAACUGCACUUCCCUGUUUUUGAAGACUACAUUCCAAUUUGAGAUGAAUCACCGGUCACGUUUUCUGCUA